AUGUGUUGGCCGAACAAGAAAGAAAAACUGUCAGUAGCAGCACGAGCUCCUCCUGUCCGACAGUCCAGUGAAAUAGUCACUCAUGGAAAUCAGACUGGAAGUGAAAAAAAAGAUGAUAAGGGAACUAAAAGUGAUAAGAAAGAGUCGAAAGAAAAUGAACAUUUGAAGAAGAUUAGUGAACCGGAGAAAACUCCCAGUGAACCGGAAAAAAAAUCAGGUGAAAAAGAAAAUAGUGAGAAAGAAAAAGAGGAGAGGGAUAGAAGAGAAGCGGAGGAUGAAAAAAGAAGUGAUAAUGAAAAGAAGGAAAGUAAUAAAGAAAACGAGGAGAAAAUCUCGCAGAAAAAAAAAUUAGUGAUAAAGGUGCCAACAGCAAUUAAAAAAGCUGAUGCUGAAGAUCCACAGUAUCAGACACUUGCUGGCUUAAAUGAUGAUUUAUUUGGCAAGAUAGAGUUGAAUAAGCCAAGAAAGAAGCUUGUUAUAAAAGCACCAACCGAUUUUAAAAAGGCAAAAGCUGAAGAUCCACAAUAUCAGAUUGGAUUAGGGCAAAAUUCGGGAUGUUGGACAUGA